AUGUAUGAUAACAUGAAGCCCCUUAAAAGACUGUUUAGAAAGAGAAUUGACUUCAAAGAUUCUCCAUGUUCAUCCUCCUCCAAGAAUGAGCCAUUGGAAUUGGAUUGCAGUCAGCAAAACUCUAAUUUCAAUGCCAAUUUUGGGCUGCUGAACAGCUCUGAGGUUGUGACAUGUCAGCCUCAAGACAUGUCAGGUCAAGAGAAUCAUGCCUUUAACAUAUUGGUAAGUAAUAGUAAGCUUCUCCAGUCAAUAGUUUGGACAUUACACCAUGCAACACAACAGGGGCAGCAGUAUUUCCUCAAAACAUGGAUUCAGGACAAUGGCAAAAAUGUUGAGGAUGACAGUGCUGACGUUCCGGGUGAAGGGAAUGAUGAAGUUGACAAUGAUGAAAAUUUUGAUGAGGAUUCUAUUUUCCUACAUCUUAGUGUUGAUUCAGAUAAGGAUUUAAAUCAGACAAUACCACAGGAUGACCUACCUAAUGUCUCAGAUGACUCUGCUGAUGAAAUUUUAGACCAAGCUCCUGAUCUCCACUUAAGUGUCCCGGAAAAAAUUAAGCUGUUGCUGCUUCUUGCAACAAAGAAAAGGCACAAGCUCACAUAUGCAGCAGCCGAAGAUGUUAUUGGAUUAGCCGGCAUCUCUGAGGAGUGUCCCUUUCUGCCAUCUAAAUAUUUAAUGAAAAGUGCUAUUGAAAAGUAUUCAUUUGGUCUAACAGAACAUCAUAUGUGUCCUUUCUGUGGAAAGUAUAUUGGCAUCGUGACUGUGAAUACUUUCGAAUGUAAUGGUUGUGACAGAACCACUGAUGUAAAUAGAAACAAGAAAGAUGGCACGACAUUCUUGUAUUUGAAGCUACGCGACCAGCUGCAAUCACUACUCGAGAGCCUCCCAGAAGAUGUGGAACUUGGUCCUAGAAAAAGUUCUUGUAAAAUUAAUCCAUUUAACUAUGAAGAUAUUUAUGAUGGAUCUGUGUACAAGCGCAUCCAUACUUCAGACACAAUAACAGUUAAUUUCUUUAUUGAUGGACUUCAGGUUGCAACUACCAGUAAGCAAUCUGCUUGGCCAGUUCUUCUCACAGUCAAUGAGUUGCCAUUGGCCUUGAGAAGGAAACAUGUCUUAAUGACAAGCCUCUGGCUAUCAAAGAAGAAACCUGUGUGUAAAGAAUACCUUAAACCAUUUGUAGCUGAAAUGCGUGAACUGGCUAGGACUGGAGUGACCUACAGAAGAAAUGGAAUGUUAAAAUCAGUUAGGGUAAAAUGUGUUUGUUGCAUCAGUGACACAGUUGCUCGGCCCAUGAUCAGGAACUCAAAGCAAUUUAAUGGAAAAUUUGGCUGUGGCUUUUGCUUACACCCCGGUGUUAAAAUGCAAAUGGGAAAAGGAGAGACUCGGUCUUAUACAACCAAAGAAACUGUCUAUCAACUUCGAACUCAUCAAGAAGUUAUGGAUCUUGCUGCAAGGGCUGAGACUCUUGGUGUUCCACAGAGAGGCAUCAAGGGAGUAUCAAUUUUAUCUGAACUUCCUGAAUUUGAUGUUGUUCGCUGUAUUGAUCUUGAUUCCUUCCAUGCAAUAGUUAAUGUAGCUAAGCGAUUUGUAAGACUUUGGUUUGAGGCUCCACGCAAGAAUGCCCCUGUUCCACCUUACAAGAUUCACACUAAAAUUAGUGAAGUUGAUAAGAGAUUACUUUCCAUUAAACCAACACUUGAAGUAUCUAGAGCUCCCAGGUCACUGACUGAGAGGUCAGAUUACCGUGGACAUGAAUGGUUCCAUUUUGUUUUUUUUUACAGUGUUCCUAUUUUAAAAAAUGUAUUGCCACAGAUUUUCUUAAACCAUUGGUCAUUGUUGGUAAAUGGUCUUGCUAUUCUAAUGCAAAACUCCCUAUCCAAGAGUGAUAUACAUUAUGCAGAUCGAUCUUUACAACAAUUUGUUUCAGGCAUAGAUGAUUUGUAUGGCCCUCAAAAUGUAACUAUCUCUUGUCACCUCCUUACUCAUUUUAAAAGAAGUGUUGAAGAUUUUGCUCAGCCAUUCACUCACUCAGCUUUUCUAUAUGAAAGUUUUAAUAAUGAAAUUAAGGAAUCUGUUCACAGUAGUAAUGGUGUAGCAAAGCAGAUUAUAAAAGCAAUGCAAUUAAAGGUUGCGCUUGUUAAAAUGGAAACAGAAUUGUCUGCUAACUUGAGUGCACAACAAAGAGCCUAUCUAGAUAAAGUAAACUCAAGAGGUAAACAAUUAGUUGCCUCUCAUUUGUGUAUAGAUUCAGUUGAUUUGUUAGGGAGGCCAACUUCAAAUAUCGUAUCACAGGAUAUGAGAUUAGCUAUUGCACGAGCAGGGGGAGAAUGUACAGUUGAAACUAAAUGUGAAAUUUAUGAAAGAUUUAGGAUGAAUGGAGAAGUUUUUCAUUCUACUAAAUAUUCUAGAGUGAGCAAAAAAAAUAACUGUGUUGUCCUUUUGGAAUCAGACCAAAUAUUUUUAAUUGAAUCUGUUGUUGUUGUUUCCACUAAAUGUUUCAUUGCAGGGCACUAUUACCAAGAAAGAAAUAAUAGAAAAAUAUGUAAUGUUACUCUUCCUCAUUAUCGCUUUCUCAAAAGUGAACCAGAGGGAAUUUUGAGGUGUAUUCGCCCUUCUCAUAUUGUUAGUAAACUAAUCAAUUUUACUGUUGAUAUUUCAGUAAAUGAAUCUAUAAAUGUGGCAUGCAUUAAUAUACUAUUAAAAGAAAUCAAGUUCAUUGACUCGUUCUUGAGAAGUUAUAGGAUAAUAAAACAUAUGACUUGA